AUGAAACUAAAGAUUUCAAUCCAGUCUGGAACAGAAGACUACUCACUAUUCAGAACUACUCUUACUACUGUAUCCAAGCUACGAAAGACAUGCAUUUUAAGGUUUACAUCUUCAAGAUUGGUGAUCAUCUCAACUCCGACUAGUUCCGGGAGUGUAAUGGAUCAUGGACAAAUUUGGUGCACAAUACCACGGGACGUGUUUGAUACAUAUGUCGUUAACUCUAUUCGAGAGGAUAAUAAGGUUGCUAUGGAAUGUCCGUGUGACACUAUUGUUGGUAUACUACGGAAAUUUGAUAAAUGCGACUCGAACCAGCUUACCAUAAAACUUGUUCGAUUGGUAACAGUUGAUGUAGAUAAUGACAUGGCAACUGCUAAUAAGAAUGCGGACAAUACUCUAUGUGGAUUGAGCUUUUCGUUUCAGGAUACAAAAGAUGAAAGAACUAUCCAACAUAAUAUUAAGGUUGGCGUCAAACUACUGUAUAAUGCGCAAGAUGAAAAGAUUGUAGAACCUACAGUUAGUUAUGUUGGAAUUUUAAUGCUACAACUGCCAAGUCAUAUAAGUGAGUGGGGGACAGGCUUCAGCUCAUUUUUCAAGCGCAUCGAGCGAUAUAGCAGCUUGAAUAGUCUCAAAAUACAUGGUGAACAAGUGGGCGAAAAGGGUUCAAUUAAGGUCAUCGUGGACGAGUUUGAUUGGAAGCUUAAUAUAACGUGGAAAGGGCCGCUUGAUGCAAUGUUAAAUGACAUGGAAAGCGACGAAAUUGGUGCUGGCGGUGAAGAUGAGCGAGAAAAUAUUAACAACAAUUUUAAUAAUACAAAUGCUACUACAACUUCAGCUAAUAAUGGGCUGUUAUUUCAAGAAAAUGCAUCUCCUAAUAAUCAAGAUGAUAUGCAAAUAGAAGACAGCGAGGUGGUAAGUAGCAGGAUAUAUGAACGGACAAAUAGCCCCGAUUCGAUAUCAAGAGACACUACUACAUCUCCAAUCAGUACACAAAACAAAAUUAAAGCUCACGAAGUUAUCAUAAGGGCUCGAGACUGGAAAGUCUGCUCAAAAUUAUAUGAAUCAUUUGAAGAAGUGGUUCUGGUUAUAUCGCACGACGAUUCAUGUGUGUUUCAUUGUUCAUUAGAAAGGGGAAUCGAUAGAGACGACAAUAAUAAAGAAAAGGGUCAAAUCAUCUAUUAUAUAAGUAAAUGUAAAUCAUUAUAA